AUCUAAUCAAUUUUAAUCUCACCAUUAUUUGUCUGAUUGGUUCUUAAAUCAUUAAUAAACAUUUCAUCAUUUCUCAAAAUAUUGUACGUCUUUUAAAUUUUUCCCUUGGUAAAAAAAUUGCUCUCAUUGAUGACAAUAGAUGUCAGAUGAGUUGCAAACGCCUCAAACCCUCAUUUCAUCUUAUUUUAUGUCAACACAUGAAAUAAAUUAUUGUUUACAACACGGUUAAUCGGCUAAUCUUUAAAAAACCAUGGAUUUAUUCCCGAGUUUCACUGGAAAGCAAAAGGUCAGUCCUCUUGAUCGGCCAUUGCCUAAGGUUAAGUACGAGGUUAGUGUAAACGCUUUUGCAUUCCUGUUUUCAGAGGUGGUUCAAUACUGCCAUAGUAAAGUAUACACUGUCCCCGAAUUACAAAAAAAAUUAUCGGAAAUGGGUUACCAUGUUGGUCAGAGAUUGGUUGAUUUGACAUUUAUCCGGGAGAAAAAUUACAAAAGAGAAACGAAAUUAAUAAAUAUAUUAAUAUUCAUCAAGACAAAUUUGUGGAAAACGCUUUUUGCUAAAGAUGCGGAUAAAUUGGAGCAUUCUAAUGACGAUCCGACCACCUAUUAUAUAAUUGAAAGUGACCCGAUUGUUAACAAAUAUAUCUCUUACAACAGGGAUAAAGGAAGUUUAAAUUGUGCAUCGUUCAUAGGAGGAAUCAUAGAAGCUGCUCUCAAUGAAACUGGAUUCAAUGCUAAAGUGACAGUUCAUUGGCACAAAGGGACAACUUUCAUGAUAAAAUUUGAUCAAGCUGUCAUUGACCGGGAUAAGGCUAAAGAAUGAAUCUUGAUAAAAAAUAUAUCAGCAAAAUGUAAUUUUUUUGAAAACAAAAUAUAAUAUAAUCAUUAAAUAUACUCUUUUAUUUAUCUGA